AUGUGCGGAUAUCAACAAACCACGUCCCGAGGGCUGUCUCCUAUAGUCGCGUCAAAAUCGAAUGAAGCAUUUAGUUGGGUAACUGCGAUAGAGAUGCAGACGAUCAAAUGUGUCGUCGUUGGGGAUGGAGCAGUAGGGAAAACGUGUUUGCUUAUUUCGUACACUACCAACAAGUUCCCGUCUGAGUAUGUUCCGACGGUGUUUGACAAUUAUGCGGUUACUGUUAUGAUUGGCGGGGAGCCGUAUACCUUGGGAUUGUUUGAUACUGCUGGUCAGGAAGAUUACGAUCGUCUUCGGCCUCUUUCGUAUCCGCAGACUGAUGUUUUCCUUGUCUGCUUCUCUGUUGUCGCACCAGCUUCUUUUGAGAAUGUUCGAGAAAAGUGGGUUCCUGAAAUCGCUCAUCACUGUUCGAAAACUCCCUUUUUAUUAGUUGGUACCCAGGUGGAUUUACGAGAUGACCCUUCCAUGUUAGAGAAACUAGCCAAGAACAAACAGAAGCCGAUUUCAUCAGACACUGGAGAGAAGUUGGCUAAGGAACUAAAAGCAGUAAAAUAUGUGGAGUGUUCGGCACUUACUCAGAAAGGACUAAAGAAUGUGUUCGACGAGGCAAUCAUGGCAGCAUUGGAGCCUCCUCCAAUGGAGAAGAAGAAGAAGUGCGCGCUGCUAUAG